AUGGAAGCCCCGAAAAAUUAUGUGUUUCCUCCUUUCGAUGAGCUUCCGCUGGUCGAGGGCCAACCACAAGGCUGUCUCUGGGGGUUUUUUGACAAAGAUGGGAAGAAGGAUGAACUUGGAACAUUAAAUCUUCUCACACCUCAAGUCCUCAAGGCUGCUGCGACGGAAAUCCAGCUGGGAAAGCAUGUUCAGCUUGACUGGGCAAUGCACCACCUGGACUUUCCUGGUUUUGGUCGCUUGCAGUACGAGCACCGUAUCAUUGACCUCCGUGAGAAGGGCUUCAUUGGAUUUGAUGAUGAACUCACAAUCAAUACCCAGACGAGCUCACAAUGGGACGGUUUCAAGCAUUGGGCAUUGCAAAAGCAAGCUCUCUUCUACAACGGUGCAACAGUGGAAGAGACCAGAGACACUCUGAGAAAUGGAAUUCACAAUAUAUCCAAUCGAGGUGGCAUAGUUGGCCGUGGUAUACUGGUCGACUGGCUCCGAUGGUGGGAACAUAAGAAUCCCGGUCAAACUCCGCCUUCAGCUAUCACUACACAUAAAAUACCCGUUUCCGAGAUUGAAGAAGUCUUGAAGUUUCAAGGGACGGAGUGCCGCCAGGGUGACAUUUUCAUUAUAAGAACUGGUUUUGUGAAAUGGCAUGAAGAAGCGGAUGAUGAAGCUCGAAUUCGGGGAACGAGGGAAAACUACAACCUGAUAGGAGUCGAGAACAGUAUGGAGACUGUGCGGUGGUUGUAUUCUAAGCACUUUGCUGCUGUCGCUGGUGAUGCCCAAGGUUUUGAAGCCUGGCCGUUUCCCGAAGAUUGUUGUUUGCAUGAUUGGUUACUUGUUUAUUGGGGAACCCCCAUUGGCGAAAUGUGGAACUUGGAAGGUCUCAGUCAGGUUUGCGCAGAGGCAAACAGAUGGAGUUUCUUCUUCACCAGUGCUCCACUCAACGUUGAGGGAGGAGUGGCAACGCCUCCCUCAGCCAUAGCAAUCCUGUAA